AUGAGCACAACAAAAGAGGUGCCCAUUCCUGGGCCACGCGGUGUUCCCAUCCUGGGAAACAUCUACGAUAUCGAGCCUGAAGUGCCACUCAACAGCAUUGAUCUGCUGGCAGACAAUUAUGGCGAGAUCUUCCGCCUGACCACGCUGGGAAGUCCCCGCGUCUUCAUCAGCUCUCAUGAAUUGGUAGAUGAGGUGUGUAACGAGGAGCGAUUCGGCAAAAUCGUCACGCAGGGAUUGAAGGAGAUUCGCAAUGGCACUCACGACGGCCUGUUCACGGCCAACUAUCCCGGCGAGGAGAACUGGGCGAUCGCGCAUCGUAUUCUCGUGCCGGCUUUUGGCCCGCUUAUGAUUCGCGGCAUGUUUGAUGACAUGUAUGACAUCGCCACUCAGUUGGUGAUGAAAUGGGCCCGGCAGGGUCCGACAACACCCAUCACCGUCACGGACGAUUUCACCCGUCUGACGCUAGACACAAUCGCUCUGUGUGCGCUGGGUACCCGAUUUAAUUCAUUCUAUCAUGAUGAAAUGCAUCCGUUUGUUGAGGCAAUGGUGGGACUGCUGGGCGGUUCUGGCGCUCGCGCUCGACGACCUGCACUUCUCAACAACUUGCCUACCAGUGAGAACGCCAAGUACUGGAACGACGUGUCGUAUCUGCGAAAUCUGUCUCAGGAGCUGGUGGACUCUCGAAAGAACAACCCGGUCGACAAGAAGGAUCUGCUCAAUGCUUUAAUUCUGGGCCGUGAUCCCCAGACGGGCAAGGGGAUGACGGAUGGCUCGAUCGUUGACAACAUGAUCACUUUCUUGAUUGCUGGCCAUGAGACCACCUCCGGCAUGCUUUCAUUCCUCUUCUACUACUUGCUCAAGACGCCGCACGCAUACAAAAAGGCUCAGGAAGAGGUGGACCGGGUCAUUGGCCGACGAAAGAUUGUCGUCGAGGAUAUGGCCAAGCUCCCCUACAUCACAGCUGUGAUGCGCGAGACUCUUCGUCUGAAGCCCACGGCUCCCAUGAUUGCCGUGCAUGCCCACCCGGAGAAGAACAAGGAAGACCCCGUGACACUUGGCGGGGGUAAGUAUGUUUUGCAAAAGGAUGAACCCAUCGUCCUGCUUCUGGGCAAGAUGCAGCGUGACCCGAAGGUCUACGGACCCGACGCAGAAGAGUUCCGCCCCGAGAGAAUGUUGGACGAGCACUUUGAGAAGCUGCCCAAGAACGCCUGGAAGCCAUUCGGCAAUGGAAUGCGUGGGUGUAUCGGACGUCCGUUCGCCUGGCAGGAAGCCCUUCUUGUGGUUGCCAUUUUGCUUCAGAAUUUCAAUUUCCAGAUGGACAACCCCAGCUAUGACCUUCGCAUCAAGCAAACGCUCACCAUCAAGCCCAAGGACUUCCAGAUGCGGGCUUCGCUUCGUGCUGGCCUCGACCCCACCAAACUGGGGCUGGUUCUGAGUGACACGACCGGGAUGCAGAAGGAUGCUGGUGUCGCUGAACGGGAGAGGAAGCCCAAAGUCGUGCCUGCGGAUGGCAAAACUCGGCCCAUGCACAUUUUCUACGGUAGUAACACGGGAACGUGCGAGGCAUUCGCCCGCAGACUGGCGGAUGACGCAAUGGAAUACGGAUUCGCCGCAAAUGUCAGCUCUCUGGAUUCAGCCAUGCAGAACAUCCCCAAGGAAGACCCGGUCGUGUUCAUCACCGCCUCGUACGAGGGUCAACCCCCGGACAAUGCAGCUCAUUUCUUCCAAUGGCUGAGCGAGCUCAAGGGCGACAGCCUGCAGGGAGUCAAUUACGCGGUCUUUGGAUGCGGACAUCAUGAUUGGGCUUCUACCUUCCACCGCAUCCCCAAGGCCGUGAACGAGCUUGUCCGCGAAAAUGGCGGCAACCGGCUCUGCGAUAUCGGGCUCGCAGAUGCAGCCAACUCGGACAUGUUUACUGACUUUGAUAGUUGGGGUGAGACGGCAUUCUGGCCGGCCAUGACGGCCAACUAUGGUGGUGCUUCGGAACAGAGUGUCAAAUCCAAAUCCUCGCUUCAAGUUGAAGUGAGCUCCGGCGUGCGCGCGUCCACUCUGGGGUUGCAGCUCGAGGAAGGGUUUGUAGUGGAGAACAAACUCUUGACCAAACCUGGUGUCCCAACCAAGCGUGUGAUUCGAUUCAAGCUCCCCUCCGACAUGGCCUACCAGUGCGGCGAUUAUCUUGCAGUCUUGCCAGUCAACCCCAGCACCGUCGUUCGUCGCGCAAUCCGUCGGUUCGAUUUGCCUUGGGAUGCCAUCUUGCCUUUGUCUCCUGUGGACUCUCUCUCUAAGCGCGACGUCAAGCUCCUUGCCGACGCGGCCGUCGAGGAUGCCGAGGUCAAGGCAGAGUUGCAAUACAUUGCCUCCAGCCCCAGUCGAUUCACAGCCGAGAUCGUGCAGAAGCGAAUCAGUCCAUUGGAUAUUCUGAUGCGUUACCCAUCCAUCAAGCUAUCCAUUGGUGACUUCCUGGCCAUGCUGCCCCCGAUGCGGGUACGUCAGUAUUCCAUCUCCUCCUCACCGUUGUCCGAUCCCUCCGAGUGCUCCAUCACCUUCUCCGUUCUGAACGCUCCUGCAUUGUCGGGUAUCUCCGAGCCCGGCAGUGAGAGCCCCGAAGAAUACCUCGGUGUGGCAUCCAACUAUCUCUCCGAGCUGCAGCCCGGCGAGCGCGCUCACAUUUCCGUCCGCCCAUCUGGCUCAGGCUUCAAGCCCCCGGUCGAUCUUCAGACCCCAAUGAUCAUGGCGUGUGCCGGCAGCGGUCUGGCGCCGUUCCGCGGAUUCGUCAUGGAUCGCGCGGAAAGGAUUCGCGGUCGUCGCAAUUCGAUCGAUGCGACCGACGCCUCAGAAACUGAUAAGCCUGCCAAGGCCAUACUGUACGUGGGCUGCCGCACUGAAGGCAAGGACGACAUUCACGCCGAGGAGUUGGCGGCGUGGGCGGCGCAGGGAGCCGUUGAUGUUCGCUGGGCCUACAGCCGUCCCUCCGAUGGAUCGGCCGGCAAGCACGUGCAAGACCUGAUGCUGGAAGAUCGAAAGGAGCUGGUUGAGUUGUUUGACCGGGGUGCAAAGAUCUAUGUAUGCGGUAGUACGGGUGUGGGCAAUGCAGUGCGUGAUGCCUGCAAGACGAUGUAUUUGGAACGUCGUCGUGAGGUGAUUCGGGAUGCGAAGGAAAGUGGGAAAGAGCUCGGUCCGGAGGCCGAGCUGGAUGAGGACACUGCGGCGGAUCGAUUCUUUGAUCAACUGAGGACGAAGUCGCGAUAUGCGACCGAUGUCUUCACUUGA